AUGAUACACAUUAGGUCCUUCAAUAAUGAAUCAAACCCAAGUAAUACAAUUGAACACAAUAAAUAUCUACACAAUCAACAUCAUCUGUUAAUUGGGUCCAAGCAACAGGAACCAGGCUAUGUUAAAAUUCCAGUCACUGUAUUUUAUGUUUUACUUUUUCUCUUCGGUGUAUUUGCAAAUGGUUUGAGCAUUUUGACUUUAUUGAAGAAUGGACGGAUGAAAGGCAGUGCCAUUCGCUUUUACCUCCUCAGUCUGGCACUGGCUGAUCUGCUGCUCCUGUUGACUAUACCUGUGACUGUGUACCGGUACUAUUGGCAGUACUAUCCCUGGCUGCUCAGUAACCCUGUCUGCAAACUUUACUUUAUGAUCCGACAGAUCUACUGUGCUGCAACUAGCUGGACUAUUAUUGCCUUUACAGCUGAGCGUUACAUCGCCAUUUGCCAUCCAAUGUGGUCAAUCACUAGUCUACGACAAUCUCGAAUGGCUUAUCUAUUGGCAGCGAUCUGGGUUUUGUCAGUUAUCUCAGCUGUACCAUUUGCCAUUGUUUAUGGGCAAUCAGCUGCCUGUAUUCUGGACUAUACUGCCACUUCCCAGGAUAAAGCUGUUUUCUAUUCCACUGUGUGCGAGAUGUCUGAGCAAGAGCCAUUUACAAUCUACAAGACCAUGGUUCAGCUGAGAAGUAUCCUAUGCUUCUUCGUUCCACUUACUGUGAUUAUCAUUUUUCAUCUGUUAAUAUUUCGACAUUUGAGUGUAAAUAGUCGGCAGCGGGAAGAGAUGGGAUUAACCUAUCCAUGGAGAGGUCAAUGUUCAAACUCCUUCACUACUUCUGGAAAUUUGCCUGGAACAGAAAGAAAGGCCCUUCAACUCAUGGGAGCUGUCAUCAUUGCCUUUUUCGUUUGUAACUUUCCUGAUACUGCUGCCACCCUGAUGCACAUUUACACAGAAAACUGGACUGCAAGUGUCCACACUAUCUACACCUGGCUGAAGUCAUACUUGUCGCUGCCAUUAUGGUAUGUGAACAGCGCUCUCGACCCAAUCCUCUUCUGCAUUUCCUCUUCUUCAUUCCGGAGUGCUGGGAAGCAAAGCCUUGCACCCUUAAUCCCCCAGUUUGGUCAGUCAUUGAAUGGCCACACGCUGCAUGAUUCAUGCAUUAGUUUUUCCCAGAAUUGGGCCAGGAAUCGACUGACUGUUCCCCCACUCACAUACAAAUCCACAUGGACUCUAAGUUCCUGCAGUGAAGAGCUUCCUGAUUCAUUUGCUAUGCAGCAGAGAAGGGGUCUUGAACUGUUGUCUUUGAGGGGUUUUUCAGAACAAAGGCAUCAACAGAUCUCUUCCCCUCAGAGUCUCAGACUAGCAGAGCCUCUCUCUGAGUGUCUGGGAUCAGCAGAUCCCCUCCAGCAGGUCAGUAGACCCUCUUCCUCAGGAGUUUCAGACCAGCAAAACCUAGACUUAUCAGAAGGCUAA